GCAUUUCACCGGAAAAUUCAAACCAAAAAACUUCAAGCUAAUGCCUCUCGGCUUUAUCCUAUUCAAUGAGCCUGUUUCUUUCCUAGUCUGGAAAUAUAAUCUAUUGUAGGCCGAGUAUGGUUCAGUUAAUAGGUUAUACAUAUAUUUAAUGUAUUUUGAUAACUUUUUCGAUUAGAAUGUUGAUGUUUUCGAUGAGUUUCACGGUUUCGUAGCUUCUCUGUAAGCUAGGCUAACUAGAUGCUAACCGCGCUACUGGAUCCAGAUCGGGAUGACUUCUGGGCCACAGUCCUUCACUUUGCGUCUUCAAAGAUGAAUUAGCGCGGUGUAAGAGCGUCGCUGUAGUUAUAAAGAAACACUUUGCUAUCAGGGACACGGACAUUCUCUGCUUGUGACCGAACCGUGGCGGGAAACGAUGACUCUGGCCCCGAAGGAACUGUCCAACCUGCUGAGCAUCAUCUCGGAUGAGGCCUGCAACAACACCUUCGAGAGCCUCUCCACGCACUUCCAUCAUUACUUUGGGAAGGCGGACCACUUCAAGGUGGGUUCGGUUCUGGUCAUGCUGCUACAGCAGCCGGACCUGCUGCCCAGCUCCCCGCAGCGGCUCACCGCUCUCUACCUGCUCUGGGAGAUGUACCGAACCGAGCCGCUGGCCGCGAACCCGUUCGCCGCCGUGUUCGCGCACCUGCUGAACCCAGCACCUUCCGGGGAGGAGCAGGAGAAAGCCCUGUCCGGCUUCCUUCCUCCCAUCACGCAGCCGGAGAAGUUCUUCCUGUCCCAGCUGAUGCUGGCUCCGCCCAGAGACCUCUUCAAAAAGACCCCCAGACAGGUGUCCUGCAUGGACGUGGGUAACAUGCCUCAGUCUAUAGACAUCAGCGGGCUGCAGCUUCCCUUAGCAGAGCGACAGUCCGAGCUGCCCACCCAGAGCAAAGCCAGCUUCCCCAGCAUCCUCAACGACCCCGAUCCAGACUCCUCCAACUCAGGCUUCGACAGCUCUGUGGCCAAUCAGAUCAUUGAGUCUCUGGUCACGGGGCUGCGUCCUCCUCUGGAGAGUCAUUUCCGGCCCGAGUUUAUCCGGCCGCCGCCUCCGCUCCAUGCGUGCGAGGACGAGCUGGCGUGGCUGAACCCCACCGAGCCGGACCACAGCAUCCAGUGGGAUCGGUCCAUGUGUGUGAAGAACAGCACCGGCGUGGAGAUCAAACGCAUCAUGGCCAAGGCCUUCAAGAGCCCACUGUCGGCGCAGCAGCAGUCGCAGCUGCUGGCCGAGCUGGAGAAGGACCCGAAGCUGGUGUACCACAUCGGGCUGUCGCCAGCGAAGCUGCCGGAGCUGGUGGAGAACAACCCGCUGGUGGCCAUCGAGAUGCUGCUGAAGCUGAUGCAGAGCAGCCAGAUCACAGAGUACUUCUCUGUGCUGGUCAACAUGGACAUGUCGCUGCACUCCAUGGAGGUGGUCAACAGGUUAACCACGGCUGUGGAUCUGCCUCCGGAGUUCAUCCACCUCUACAUCUCCAACUGCAUCUCCACGUGUGAGCAGAUCAAAGACAAGUACAUGCAGAACCGCCUGGUCCGACUGGUGUGUGUCUUCCUGCAAUCGCUGAUCCGAAACAAGAUCAUCAACGUCCAGGACCUCUUCAUCGAGGUCCAGGCCUUCUGCAUCGAGUUCAGCCGCAUCCGUGAGGCGGCCGGCCUCUUCCGCCUCCUGAAGACCCUGGACACCGGGGAGAACCCGGCCGAGGCCAAGCCCGCUAAGUGAGCCGGGCGUCAGAGGAGCAGCUCAGGCAUGAGGGGACAUGGUGUACAUAUGUGGCGGCUGCAGCUCUGCUGAGCAUCUUUGACACUGACUCGUACGUUUCACAAGAGUCAGGUCUUUGAUUUGGGUUUUUCUUUUCAACUUUAAGGUUCAAAGUUGAUGAAAUCCUUCAGUUUGAAUUGUUGUGUUCUGAGUGAUCAGAUGUUGCAUGAAGCCAAAGCUGCAGAAACUCGAUUAGCUGCUGUUUGUUCAGCAGAUUUCCUCCUGCUCAGUGAGACGUUUCAACUGAAAAAAUAGUUUUUACUCUUUCUUUUGUCUUUUCAUAAAAAUGUUCAAUGCAAAUUCCA